ACCACCUCUCUUGCUGAGCCAGCUCAGCUGACGCCAGGCAAGCAGUUGCGGCGCAUCAGCAACAUCUCGGCGGAAGAUGAUGGCAGACUCUGGAAGUCCCGAAGAUCAGGUCGCGGUGAUCGGCAACACCGACAUCACGCCCACUGAAUCGGAGAACAACAUCAUCAACACGAUGGUGGAAAAGGAAACAUUGCUCUUCAAGAAGCUGGAGAUCAAUGUGGCGGAGGCUGAGAAAAGAACGGGCAAGAACACGGUCAACAUGCAGGAAACCUAUACCGUCUACCUCGUAGAAACAAGACCAUCUGAAACAGUUCCCAACGUUUCUCCACCCACCACACCUGACACGCUGUGGAGACGCUACAGUGAGUUUGAGCUACUCCGGACGUACCUGUUGGUCGCCUACCCGUACAUCAUCAUCCCUCCACUCCCAGAGAAAAGGGCGGAGUUUGUGUGGCACAAGCUGUCAGCUGACAACCUCGACCCUGACUUUGUCGAGCGGAGGAGAGUCGGCCUGGAAAACUUCCUUCUGCGCGUGAUGUCACAUCCUGUCCUCUGUAAAGACAAGAUAGUUUUCCUUUUCCUGACUGAGGAGAAAGGGUGGAGGGAUGCUGUUUUGGAGACGGGUUUCCAAGACAAGGCGGACUCCAGACUGAAGUCGCUGAGUGCCAUGUUCAGAGUCAAGAGCCCUGACAAGCGCUUUACAGCACUCAAACAGUAUAGCGAUGAAUUGAACACGGCCAUCUCUCAACUUCUUAGGGUGAGAGCGAGAGUAGCAGACAGACUGUAUGGCGUCUACAAAGUCCAUGGAAAUUAUGGACGAGUCUUCAGUGAAUGGAGCGCCAUAGAGAAAGAGAUGGGAGAUGGACUACAGAGUGCCGGUCACCACAUGGACACGUAUGCUGCCUCAAUAGACGACAUUUUAGAGGAAGAAGAGCACUAUGCUGACCAGCUGAAGGAAUAUCUCUUCUACACUGAGGCUGUGCGGUCGGUGUGUCGGAAACAUGAGCUGAUCCAAUAUGAGUUAGAAGUGGCAGCUCAGGAUCUGGCCUCCAAGAAGCAGCAGAGAGAAGAGCUUGCCACCGGGAUGGUGCGUGUCUUCUCCCUGAAGGGGAUGACCAGUAAACUGUUUGGCCAGGAGAGCCAGGAGCAGAGGGAGAGCAGACUGGCGGCCUUAGAGCAGAGCAUCCAGGAAGGAGAGCAGAUGCUCAAGGAGAAAAACGCAGAGUGCCAAGAGUUUGUGCAAACAGCCUGGGAAGACAUUGAGCGUUUUAAGGAGCAGAAGGACAGAGAUCUACGCGAGGCGCUCAUCAGCUAUGCUAUUAUGCAAAUUAGCAUGUGUAAGAAGGGUAUCCAGGUGUGGUCCAAUGCCAAGGAGUGUUUCAACAAAAUGUGAGCCACUUUCCAGCCAAUCAGCACCCCAGCCAAAAAUCAAUACCUCAAACUUUGGUACCACGCUGGUCAGUUGAUGUCUGGCUAGUCUGUUGGAGAUAAACUCUCAUUGUGAAUCAUUUGGUCCAAUCCUCCGCGCUCCAAAUCCAGGUUUGUCAACAACUUCUCUCAGCAUGAUGUGGAAUAAUUUCAUCCACUGAGAAAGUACAUGUGACGCUCAAGACUGAAGUACGUUCCAUUUGGGGUUUAUCCUGGUCCAAAUCAGGGGUGGGGAACCAACAGCUCAUGGGCUAUAUGCGACCUGCGAGAGAGCAUUUGAUCUGACGUAAACUUCUUAAAUCAAAUAAAGCCUCAAAAUAAUUGAAGUGGGGUUGGGGCGAAUCGUGUUCCCCACCCCUGAUCGAAAUAAACUGCAAUUCAUUGUGUCAAAUACAUAACCUUGAUAAGAAAUGUUUCAUUACUCAGCCAAAGCCUUUAAAGUUUUGACGUGUUCUGAUAAGGAGUAAAUAAUUAAUUUAGAGUAAUUUAUUACGACAUGUUCUAAUGUGCAAAUAAACCGCAGAGAGUGAGAGGUCCCGUUUGGCGUGUUGUAUGCUUUUCUUUUUUUUUUUUGAAUGACUGAAACUUGCCACGCCUACCAAUUGUCCCAUCAAGCAGGUUACCAAAGCAUGCAUGCGCUGUACAUGUUGACCUUUAACAAUCAAUUGAAGACAUCACAAAAACUGCACACAAAAAAAUCUGAUCAAAAUUUGGAUCAGAAACGUACUGUUAAAGCUUUCUGUUGUUCAUUUGUUUUUUACCGAAAUUGGUUUGUUUCUUGGGAGAUAAUUUUUGUAUGUUAUUGUAAUCAUUGUGGUAAAACACUAUUAAUAAACAUU